AUGCCAGUCUCUCACAUUGGCCUCACGGUCUCGCAUCUUCCAACAUCAUCGUCGUUCUUCCUGUCCGCUCUGCAGCCUCUUGGCUACCGCUACGUUGGACAGCAGGGCCAUCAAGUUGGCUUUGGGAUACGCGAAGCAGACUUCUUUCUUUGCCAAGAAACCCCUGGGAUCAAAGCAGGCGCAGCACACAUUGCAUUCACCGCUACAAGUCGCACGGCUGUUCGAGACUUUUAUUCUGCCGCCCUGAAUGCCGGAGGAAAGCCCAAUGGAUCGCCUGCGUGCCGAACCGGCGACGACAGCCACUUUAACGCUGCAGUACUUGACUUCGAUGGGAACAGCAUCGAAGUCGUGUUCACUGGAGGACCUGAUUACAGAGAUGACGGGACCGUGAUUUCGCAUAGCAGGGUCAUCACAUGGGAGCGGACUGUUUCGCAGAGCUUUCGCGACGACGCCAGUGUUAUCAGCUCGCGCACAGCUAAGUCUGUUGCGAGAGCUCCGACUGAGGUUUCGAAGGCACCAUCUGUCGCCGCAAAAGCACCAAGUGUCGUCUCGCAAGCACCCAGUGUUGCCAGAAGUAUUUCUGAGCCCGUUGCUGUUCCUCAGGUCGCCCCACCCGCCGCCAGCAGCGGCGACGGGGCUGCCAAAACGCUUAUUGGAACCCUUCUUGGAGCAGCAGCCGGUGCAGCAGUUGCAUACGCCUUUGUCCGUAGCGAGCAAGACAGCGCAAAGAAAGAGGCGGACUUCAGCGCGUUCAUGGAGGCGAAGAACACGGUCAAGGCAGCGGUGAGCCACCUCGCUCAGGCCUCACCACCACCCCAGCCACCCAUGCAAGACCCACCGCCAACAUACGAACCAGCCCCCUCCGUGGCCAGAUCAGUCAAAUCAGUACACCGCAAUGAUGACGCAGAGUCCGUACAUUCCUCCUCACCGUCUCGAGCGUCGCAAGCACCCACUGUCCGUGGCCAGAAGCAGAUCGAGGCUGCGCCUGCUAGCUACUAUGCACCCGCCCCCUCACAGGUAUCCCUGUCUCGAUCUCAGACUGCAGAGCCUCUACAGAUUGAGUAUACUCCGGCGCGGUCUGUUGCAGGUUCCGAAGCACGAUCGCGCUUCAGCGCUCACCGCUCGAUGACAAGCCCUGAGAUGCGAACCAUUGAGGCGGCCAGAAGCGUUGCAUCAGUGUCCACUGCACAGCCUCAGAAGACUGCUCCUUCAAGAGCCCACAGUGUCGCCCAAAGCGUUGCCCACAGUACCGCACCCAGCUCCUUGAUUUCAUCCUUUGUGCCCGACCACGUCUCUAGAAAGCCUGAGGGUAGCGUUCACUCGCAUCACUCCAGCAGAUCCAAGGCCAAGUCAUCACAUACUCAUGCUUCCAACCACAGCUCACAUUCAAGACAUACAAGUAGUCGUAGUAGAGUUGAAGAAUCUUCUCCUUCGCCACCACCGCCAGCCUCGAAAGCCCCCUCCAAGGUAGCUUCGAAGGCAGCAUCUGUCAUCAGUAGCAUCUUAGGCCGCGACAAGAAGUCUUCAGCCGACAGUGAUUUCAUUGACGACCUAGAAAUCGAAGAGCUCACGGAAGACGACUUUGAGACUGUCGUUCCUAGCGACUCGAUCUCUCAAGCCGGCUCAUCGCGCCGCACCCAUCGCCGCAAACACCGCACAAGAACAGACGAGCUCAAGGAUGAAGCCGGCACUACUGUCAGUAAGCACAGCUCCGGUUCCAAACACAGCGAAUCCUCCAAGCACUCGCACCGCUCGCACCGCUCGCACAAGUCGCGCUCGCACCACGACGACUCGGACUCGGACCACUCCACCGAGUCGCGGCGAAAGCACCGCAGCAGUCGGCCGACUGUGGUCUCUGAGCCCAGCGACGCAAGCACCAUCAGGCCCGUCAAGAGUUCUUCUGCGAGCAAAGAUAGGAGGAAGGACUCGGUUACCGACGGGAGCAGAUACGACGAUUUGUUCGACCAGGUGCAAUAUGGAAAGGGCUCCGUACCUGUGAGGGGCAUCACGCCCAGUAUGAUCAAUGCUUCGACUAACAAUCAGAACAGAAGCGUAAUUAGCUUCGCGUUGGGUCAGAAGAUGAAGGCUUUCGAGGGCCAGUAA